UAGCUAAUUAAAAAGGAUACCAUUGUCAAAUCAAAUUUUAAUUGUUAAAUUUUGUUUUCAAGAAUUUCAUUCCUAGAGGAUAAUGCCAGUUGCUUUGUUGCCAAACUUACAAUAAAAAAGAAGGGAUACUCAUACUUAAUGAAUGCUGCAGCAGCUGUGUCUCCACUUGUGAAAGAAUUUGAUGUCAAAGUGGAUGCUUAUAUGCUUUGAGCUAGAGGGACUUGUCCCAGAUUCCAAACUGAUAUCCCAAUUGAAAGAGCAAAUAGCAACAAACAAUGGGUCAGAUACUAUAAUACUUCAUGAAACCAAAUCCCAGUUACUGUUUUCUCAACCUGUAUAGGGUAAAUUACAAUAGCUUGAUUUCCUUCAAACUUGGAAGAAAUCUAAGAGUUACAAACCUAUAAGCUCAUCCUAAAUUAUUUUCAGUCUUUACAGAAAUUUUCUAAAAAAUGUUAUAAAAAACAGGGGUUGCCUUUUACAUGGGAAUUUGCAAGGAAAUUCCCAGAAGCGAAAUUUCAUUUUCAAGAUAUUGGAAAUGUAAAAGUUGUGGUAAUAAUCAUAAGGGUAAAAUGGGAAAGAAAGGUGGAAUUGAAAUUUCCAAAGCUUACUCUGCAGCUGACCUCUCCGUAUAUAUAUACAAAGACUAAUGCUUAUGCACAAAAACCUAGUACUAUAAUAUUUUUAUUUUCUUUAUAUUAUACUAAAAUUUCAGUUCUUACCCUCAAAACCCAAUUUUUUUCAUCUCUUUGCUUCUACAAAACUGAAUAGUCCCUUCAAAAUUCCAAUCCCCUGUAUUUUCCUUCUCCACUCUGUUUUAUAUUCGUAGUUUCAGUUGUGAAACUUCCAUUUGAGAGAGAUAUAUAUACAUUUAGUUGGAGAGAAUACUAAAGAAAAACAGAGGGUUAACAAAAACUUGGUUUUUUUUUCAUUUUUUGUUUCAUUUCUUGUUGGAGAGCAAUCUCCAGAGAGAGAGAGAGAAAAAAAAAGAAAAACAAAGAACGUAAAGAAAGAAAAAGUUCUAAUCUUUUGACAAAGGGAAGAAGAACCCAGAACCAAAAAUACAUUAUCUUUUUUGUUUGGUUUUUAUAAAAGGUGGGUAUGAGGUUAAACGGGGAAAUCUAUGAUGGAGAAGAUAGGGAGGAAGGGGAGCAAAAGCUGGUUGUUGGGUAUGCUUUGACAUUGAAGAAGAGAAAGAGUUUCUUGCAACCCAACUUUGAGCGCUUGGCUCGAAACAAGGGGAUAUCUUUUGUCGCUAUUGAUCAAAACAGGCCAUUAUCAGAUCAAGGUCCUUUUGACAUUAUUUUACACAAGUUGUUGGGAAAAGAGUGGUGCGAGAUUAUUGAGGAAAUGGGUAAAUUCGAUCUGGAACUUAAAAGGAGCCAUUCAUCAUCCAAUAGCACCAACGAUUGCCAAAUGGAUUAUAGACAAACACAACCACAAGUAAUUGUUCUUGAUCCUCCAGAUGCGAUACAACAUUUAUACAAUCGCCAGUCAAUGCUCCAGAAUGUGGUUGAUUUGAACUUGUCAGACUUCCACGGCAAAGUUGGUGUUCCAAGACAAAUGGUUAUUACAGAAGAUCCUUUAUCCAUCCCUGAUGAAGUUACGAAAGCUGGGCUGAAAUUGCCCUUAGUUGCUAAACCACUAGUAGUGGAUGGAAGUACCAAGUCACAUGAGCUGUUUCUUGUAUAUGAUCAGUUCUCUCUGUCUGAACUUGAGCCUCCUUUGGUUCUACAAGAGUUUGUUAAUCAUGGUGGUGUUCUUUUUAAAAUUUAUAUUGUUGGGGAUGCAAUUAAGGUUGUAAGGCGCCACUCUCUGCCCAAUGUCAGCAAAUGUGAGCUAGCAAAAGUUGCUGGUAUUAUUCCUUUUCCAAGGGUUUCAUCUGCUUCGGCUUCUGCUGAUGAUGCAGACUUGGACCCUGGCGUUGCUGAACUUCCUCCUCAACCUUUGCUGGAGAGGCUUGCAAAGGAGCUCCGUCACCGGCUGGCAAGGCCUUCGGUUGUUCAAUAUAGACAUGAUCCGAGAGCAUGGGACAAGAGAUGUCUUUUAUGUUAUUGACAUUAACUACUUUCCUGGGUAUGGAAAAAUACCAGAUUAUGAGGACAUCUUUACAGAUUUUCUACUGAGCUGCGUACAGAGCCAGUACAAGAAGAGGCCUGGUAAUUAGUUGUUAGAUAUUAUUGACCGUACAUGAUUUUUUUUUCAUGCAAGUGUGGCUUGGACGAUUGAAGAACCGUCAAAACUGAAAUUCUUUUUUAACUUCUGUAAUUACUGACCGGUAUGAAUGCCCUUUGCUCAAGUUACCAAUGUGUAUGGAUGGUUUUGAUACCAUCUUACCCGAUAAUAAUUCUGAGCAAAAUGGCAGGUUUAACUGUCAGUAACAUACAACAGUUUUAUUUUUUUCGCACUUAAAUAUCCUUUUCAUCAUUGUUUUGUUUACUUCUUUUUCUUUAACACCUACAUGUUCCUCUUGUUUUGUAUGAAAUGAUUGGAUUACAAGUUUCCACUUGUGUAUUAUGAAUUCAUGAAUCCUGGGCAAAUAAAGAGUU